AUGAGCAACUCCACUGUUGAUGCGUCGGCAACCGUUUGUUCAGCUGAUGCAAACACUGGCGCAGCGGAUAGCCAAAUAUCAUCAAGUACUUCAACAAAUAUUAAUAGUAUAGUUGGAAGCCUUUUUCCUACUAGAAAAGGUGUGGCUAGUGAUGAUCAAAGACUACCUGUUACAGUUCUUUCCGGAUUUUUGGGAGCAGGUAAAACAACAUUGUUGAAAUAUGUUUUAAAUAAUCAAGAAGGAUAUAAAGUAGCCGUUAUUGUCAAUGACAUGAGUGAAAUUAACAUUGAUGCAAAGCUCGUUCAUAUCAAUCACUUGAAGAAUGAGAAAAAGGAACAAAAAUUAAUAGAAAUGGCUAAUGGUUGUAUUUGUUGCACCUUGAGAGAUGAUUUAUUACAAGAAAUUGCCAAAUUGGCUAACGACAAGAAAUUUGAUUACCUAUUAAUUGAAUCAAGUGGAAUCAGUGAACCUCUCCCAGUUGCUGAAACUUUUACGUUUUCUGUUGAUGACUUCCUGAACCAAGCACAUAAAUCAAAAGAGGAAAAUAAUGGAACAACAACAGAAUCAGUCGCUCCAGUGAAAAAUGUUACCCUCAAAAACCUUGCUCGUUUGGAUACAAUGGUAACUGUUGUUGAUUCUUAUAACUGGUUGUUAGAUUAUACAAGUGGAAAGACAUUGAAAGAUAAAAACUUACAAAAUGACGAGGAUGAUGACAGACAAGUUGUAGAUUUGUUGGUGGAUCAAAUUGAAUUUGCUAAUGUUAUCAUUUUGAACAAAAUAGAUCUUGUUACAUCCGAUGAAUUAGGAUUGUUGGAACAAACUAUUCGUCACUUGAAUCCUAAAGCAAAACUUAUCAAAACAAAAUUCGGAAAAGUUCCUCUUGAUUGCAUUUUCUAUACAAACAUAUUCGACUUCAAUGAAGCUCAACAAUCUGCUGGAUGGUUGCAAGAACUUCAAGGUAAUCACGUCCCAGAGAGUGUACAAUACGGUAUUACAAGUUUUGCAUAUAGAAGAAGAAGACCUUUCCAUCCAAAACGUCUUUCAGAUCAAUUCAUUCAUAAUGAAGAAGCUCUUGAUGGUGUUUUGAGAAGUAAAGGAUUCUUCUGGCUUUGUACUAAGAUGGAUAUAUAUGGACUUUGGUCACAAGCUGGUGACACACUAAGAAUUGAAACUGGUGGUAGAUUCUGGGCUAGUAUACCGAAGGAAGAUUGGCCAAAAGAUGAUAAUAGUUUAGCAAAAGUUUGGGAUGAAAAGUGGGGAGAUAGAAGACAAGAACUAGUUUUCAUUGGUAUGGAUAUUUCUGAGAAGGAAAUCUCGGCCAAGUUGGACUCUUGUUUAUUAACAGAUGAAGAAAUGGCUUUGGAAGAGAGUUGGAAGAAUUUUGAAGAUCCUAUCGAGUUAGAUGAAGAAGAAGACCCACACGUCCAUGUACACGGGGAAAAUUGUUCACACGAAGAACAUCACGAUGCAGAAAUGCAUACCAUUCUCCUUAAAAAUAAGAGGAGACUUACCACUAAUGUAGAUGGAAACGAAGAAGGAGUUAUUUUACCAAAUGUUGAUACAUCAGCACUUGCUGAAUCCUCUGAUAAGAAGAGAAAAUUAGAAGAUGCUGAACCAAGCGAGACCAAAAAGCUGAAAUCGGAUUAAUAUCUUAUAUAUCACAUUUGAUAAUAUACAAUAAAGAUCUUUACCGUAUCAAAAGUCU